AUGCCUGAAAACCGGUUACCGGGGGGUCACCCAGACCUCCACGAUGACACUGUGAGUGCGCAAAGACGCUCGAGGACGAUUUGUGUUUGCACGCAAUGCGUGCUAGCUUACCUAUCGGAUUUCGCCAAUUGCGUGAACACGCUUUGGCCUUCCCUGGGCCAAUCAGCGCAAAACACGGAGGAACCAAUGAAUAUCGACAGGGAUCUUCACGCCAAUCUGCACAUAUUGUGGAUCGGUCAGUUCGUGAAUCUAUUUGCACCACUCUACAUGACGACAGGUGUGAUGUGGUACCUUCGACCUGUGGACAAAGACGAGACGAUUUUGAAUCCAGCGCUCUGGCGAACCACGGUCAAAGCAAAAGUUCGAUUUGAGUGUGAGUCCUGCCAGCACGUUUGGACUUCGAUGAUGGGCACGGCCGUGUUCUCCGUUUACCCGAGCAUCUCCGUCGACAACGCCCUUGAACUCUGCUUCACGCUGAUGGGUCAGCAGUGCACCAACUGCGACUCCAAAGUCUUCCAAUCCGCGAUUUGGUACCCCGAAGAGGUCAUUCGGGUUUUAAGCUACAUCCACUGGCAAAUAUGCGACGAGUUUCUGAUGUUGAAUGGGACCCCUCAAAUGGCCGCGCUCAAUGCCAGAAACACACCACCAGAGAACACUUCAAGGUCACGCAGAGCCCUGUUAGCUGUCCGCACCGUGUGCCGGUCAGUGAGUUUGGCAGGAGGACGCCAGAAUCCCAUCUACCAGAGCCUUCUAACGUCUCGAUCGGGUCGACCCCUGAAGCACCAUAACUCCGCCCAGUGCGAGGCGUGUCUCAGAGGCGUCUGUCUCUCUCAGAAGAGGAGCCUUGAGAAGACGGAGUUCAAGGCGAACACCAGGACCUACACGAGGCGUCGACGACGAUGCCCCUUCACCGGCCUCACCGAGAAGAAGGACAAAGCCACUAGCAUAACGCCAGAGAAGGUCCACGAGUUAGCGGAAGCCAGGACGACCCUCAAAAUUGAGGAGGACAUGUUCAAGCUGUGCAUCCAGGUUCCAACGCACAGCACGAUGUUUGGAUCAGUUAAGGCAGCGAACAAACGCGAGGUAAUAGUGUUCCGCUCGCUGAGGUGCACCAACGUAGUCGACUCCAAACCAGACGUCGUGGAGAAGCCGUGGAGGUCUUGUGGAGACUUGGUGGAGUGUCUGAAGAGCUUCGCACGAGUCACAAUUGGUGAUCCGGAGGUGCCAGUUUAA